AUGAGUUCUCAAGAAGAUGAAUUUACAUCUAUAAAAAAAUUAUUAAAAAACCUUUCAAAUGAAUUCUUAAACCCUCCUGCUAUUUUAUUAAUGUGUGGUAAUUUUAAUCCCAUUCAUAAUCAUCAUAUUCAAAUGUUUGAAAAUGCCAAACUAUUUCUAAAAAAAAAAUAUGAAAUAGUUGCUGGUUAUAUUUCACCAUCUUCUGCAAAAUGGAUUAAUGGAAAAUAUAAAGAUAAAGAAAGAACACCAUUUCAAAACAGAAAAGAAAUGAUAGAAAAAGUCUUAGAAGAAUCUUCUUGGAUUGAAAUUGAUACAUGGCAAGCAUUAUAUUCAGAAGAUAUUGUCAAUUGUUAUCAAGUUAUUAACAGAUUAGAAGAAUUUUUAAAUAAAAAUAAUCAAAUUCAACAAAUUUUAAAUCAAAAACAACUAAAUAAAUUAGAAAUAAUUUAUAUUUGUGGAUUAGAUGAAAUAUUUAUUAAUGAUAUAACAAACUUAAAAGAUUAUAAAAUUAUAAUUUUUGAAAGAUAUUUUAAUAAUGAGCAAAAUCAAAAUUGGAAAAAUGAAUGUGAAAAUUAUUUAAAUGAAUUAUAUAAUGAUAAAUGGACAAAAUUUCAACAUAAUGUAUCUUAUAUAGAUCAAGAUGAAAAUAGUAAUAAUUUUAGUUCUACUCAAAUUAGAACAUUAUUAAAACAAAAAAAUGAUAGUUGGCAAGAAAUGUGUCAUUCGAAAGUAACAAAAUAUCUUUUAGAAAAUGAUAUUUUUAAAUAUUAA